CUUGCUUAUUAUCGAUUCGAGAAUGGCAGACAACGCGCAAGGACAAAGGAACCAAAUGCUGGAUGAGAAACUUGAAGAGAAAGUUCGAUUCUUUCAAGGAUUCUUGGACAAUGAGAAUGUUCAAGGUACUGACAAUGGCGAGAGCUACAAGAAGCAAAUCAACACAAUGCUUGCCAAAGGAGAACGACGAUUAGUAGUUAGCAUCGAUGCCCUUCGUCAUUUCAACGCACCUUACACCGAAGAUAUUCUCAAUAACCCGAACGAAUGGCUGCCUGCAUUCGAUAAAGCACUCAAGGAUAUCGUCAAAUCCAUCACCGAUCCAAAUUUGCAUGAUUUUUAUGACCUGCCAUUCAGUGUUGGUUUGAAGGGAAGCUUUGGUGAUAACCAGGUCAACCCCCGUUCUCUGCGUGCAAUGUUCUUGGGAAAGCUUGUGUGUAUCGAGGGAAUUGUUACUCGCUGCUCUUUGGUUCGUCCAAAGGUAGUUAAAUCAGUUCAUUACUGCGAAAAGACAAAAACACAUUUAAUGAAAGAGUAUCAAGAUUCAACAACACCUGGAAAUGCCAUUCCUACUGGAUCUGUUUACCCUACUGAAGAUGACAACGGAAAUCCAUUGAUGACCGAGUUUGGCUUUUCUACAUAUAGAGACAACCAAAGUAUUACAAUUCAGGAAAUGCCCGAGAGAUCCCCUCCUGGUCAAUUGCCUCGAUCAGUAGAUGUUAUUUUGGAUGAUGAUUUGGUAGACAAAGCUAAACCCGGAGAUCGUGUCAGUAUUGUUGGUAUCUAUCGUGCUCUCGGAAACAGAAACGCUGACCAGUCAAGCUCGAUUUUCAGAACAGUUAUUUUGUGUAAUGAAAUAAGUUUGCUGAGUACAAAAGCCGGUGGUGGUAUUGCCGCCCCUACCAUUACUGACAAGGACAUUCGUAACAUUAACGCUCUUGCUAAGAAGAAGAAUGUUUUUGAAAUCCUUUCUCAAUCUCUUGCCCCUUCAAUUUGGGGUCAUGAUUAUAUCAAAAAGGCUGUGCUUUUGAUGUUGUUGGGCGGUGUAGAGAAGAACUUGGAAAACGGAACUCACAUCAGAGGUGAUAUCAACAUGAUGAUGGUCGGUGAUCCUUCUACUGCCAAAUCGCAGAUUUUGCGUUAUAUCCUCAACAUUGCACCUCUUGCAAUUGCUACAACUGGUCGUGGAUCUUCAGGUGUUGGUUUGACAGCAGCAGUGACAUCCGAUAAAGAGACUGGUGAACGUCGUUUGGAGGCUGGUGCAAUGGUGCUGGCAGAUAGAGGUGUUGUCUGUAUUGAUGAGUUUGACAAAAUGAGUGAUGUGGAUCGUGUGGCUAUUCACGAAGUUAUGGAACAGCAGACAGUUACUAUCGCCAAGGCCGGUAUUCACACAUCUUUGAAUGCACGCUGUAGUGUUGUAGCAGCAGCCAACCCUAUUUAUGGCCAGUAUGACCUUACUAAGGAUCCCGGAAAGAACAUUGCCCUGCCGGACUCCCUUUUGUCUCGUUUCGAUUUACUGUUUGUGGUGACUGAUACAAUGGAAGAAACCAGAGAUAGACAGAUAUCUGAACACGUGUUGAACAUGCAUCGUUAUGUUCCUCCUGGAUUAGAAGAGGGUGCUCCAAUUAGAGAAGUUAUUGAUGAUAUGAUGGGAGGUGACCCCGAAGAGGUUACUGUCGAUGAUGAGGAUAUCUACGAGAAGUUUAAUCACUAUCUCCAAGGAGGAGCACGUGGAAAGGCUGGAAAAAAUGCAAAGGUUCUUAAGGCCAGCUUUGUAAAGAAGUUCAUUUAUUAUGUCAAAAAUAAGGCCCACCCAGUUCUCGGCAAGAAGGCCACUGAGACAAUUAUCAACGAAUAUACUUCGCUUAGAAACGACAAAGAUGAUGAUUCAAGAAAGAAGACUGGACCUAUCACUGCUCGUACACUAGAGACGCUUAUUCGUCUUUCUACUGCACAUGCAAAGUCACGAUUGAGUAACACUGUUGACGAAAAGGAUGCCAAGGCAGCAGCUGAUGUACUUAGAGUAGCGAUGUUUAAGGAAGUCAUUCGAUCCAAGAAAACUAAGCGAAGAAAGAUGUUGAUUGACUCUGAUGAGGAAAGUGAGGAAGAGGAAGAGGAAGAAGAGGAAGAAGUGGUUCCAAGUUCUUCUGUGACCAGAGGCCAGCCAACCCAAACAUACGAUCAUAGCGACCCAAUGGAGGAAGAUACAGAUAUGACUGAUGGUGUAACAGAAUCAAGACUUCAACUGUUCCGUGAAAAGGUCAACCAGUUAAUUGUAAACAAUCAGUUUGGCGAUGGUGUUCAAUGCGAAUUUUCCGAACUGUUCUCGGCCGUGAAUAACUCUAUGCGCCCUAACCAGGAAUUUAGUAUGAGUGAAGCUAACAGCGCCCUCCAGGAGAUGUCGAAUAACAACCAAGUCAUGUACAGCGAUGACAUUAUUUACAUUAUUUAAGCCAUGCUUUGCUGGUAUUAUUCACUUGCAUUCUUCUAGCUCUUUAACCCUUAUUUAUCUUGUCUUUAACUCUAUUCAUCUCGCUACUUAACUCUAUUCAUCUUGCCCUUUUUCUAUUUGUGUUUUUUUCAUUUGUAACAUGCUAUAUAAAAUGUAUAUAUAUAC